CAAAUAUGAACUCCGCGGUUAAGAAACGCACAUUUUCUGUUCAAAUCGUAAUGGCGAAGAUCCUUGAAAGAGAAUUACCAGUUAAUGUACAAACAUGACGCUAAAAGGCAUUUGACCUUCUUUUACUUGCUGUUUUUCUUAUUAGAAUUAUGUUGACUUUUAAUAAAUGAGCUAUGUUUAAAAAAUUAAAGCAACGUAUAGAAGAAGAAGAUAAUCAACCUGUACAAAGUAAAAUUAUAUUAUCUUCAACACCAAAAAAACAUUCCAGAUUACAACAUUCUUCUCGUUGGUUACCAAAUGGGGAAACGCCUCUUCCGAAAGAAAAUAAAUGGGAGAGAAGAAGAAUCAGCUCUGCUAGUCUAUACAGCUCAAGAGAGUCAUUAAUGAGCGUUGAUUCAAAUGCAACAGCUACACUUUCUAAAGUUUCUUACAAUGAAAGCUCGUCGCUUGGCACUCCGCUUGAUUCUCCUAUGAUACCUGAUCGGAAUGUAUUUUGCGAUGUUAAUACAAAAGAAGAAAUGUUAUCAGAACUUUCUAAAAAAGCUGAUCAUAUUGCAAAGCUAGAAAGAAAAGUCAAUGAAAUGGCAGAUGCAUUUAUGGAACAAAAAAGGCAGAGGGAUAGACUUGAAGAGUCUUUAGAAAAUAUUAAAAAUGAAAUGCUUACCAGAUCGGCUGCAUCAUUAAAUGAUUCUUUAAAGCGUGUUAAAGAAGAUUAUGAACAAAAGCUUACUGAAAAAGAUCGCCAAGUUAAAGAAUAUAUUCAAAAACAUCAACAGGAAUCUACUAGGUUCUCUGAUGUAAAGGAGUUAAAUAAGCUGCAACAAGAAGAAGUUGCAAAAAUGAAAGGAAUGUUGAUUCACUCUCAAACUGAGAUGUCUAAAAAAGCUGCAGAGCUAAUUGAAAAAACAAAGCAAAUUGAAAAUUUGGAUAGAGCAUAUUCUGAACAAAAGUUUGAGCUUGAAGGCUUGCAAGAGAGGUUAAAUGAUUUAUCAAAUGAUAGGCUAAAGUAUGAAUUACGAGAAAAGGAUCUUUGUGGACAAGUUGCAACACUUCAAAAAGAAAGAAGUGCAUUAAAGUCACAGCUUACAGAUAUCAUUAAUGAACUAACACAGAAAUCAAGUCAACUAGAAUCAUCCCAACUUGCGUUAGAUAGAAGUCAAGAAGAAAUUGUAUCAUUGAGGCAAACAUAUAGUUUAUACAAAGCCAAGAUGACAUCUGAUGCAGAAGAGCGAAAUAAUGAAAAUAUUGUUUUGAAAGAACGGUUAUCUGACCUUGAACAAAGAUUGCAAGAUAGUAAAUUAUCUGAAAAUGGACAGCUAAAAGCUAUAGAAAAAGAGCGCUCUCUUCUUGAAAUGAGGCUUCAACAAACUCGUGAACAAUUAGCAGAAUUACGAGUGCAAUCAAAUGAUAAAAUUACAACACUGGGAUCUCUGGUUACAACUCUAGAUGAAAAGCUUAAGGAAAAAAAUCAAACUUUAGAAAAUUUUGAACAAAAUCACGAACUGAACAACAAAAGCUAUAAAACUAAAAUAGUAGAACUUGAACAAAAGUUAAUUAUUGCUGAACGCACAACUUUAUCUUUGCAAAAUGAUUCAAUCAAUUUAAGUACACUUCAAGAAAAACUGAAAGAGCAAGAUCAAAAGAUAUCAUUGUUGAAAACUGAAAAAAUGGAAUUAGAAAUAUUAGCAGAUCGAGCAACUUUUCUAGAAUCUCAAAAUAAACUGCUUGAUACCAGAUUCAAAGAAACAGUUGAUCGGCUUGAAAAGGAUAGAAGUGAUUUAGAAGAAAAACUUAGAGAGUUUCAUUCUGAUGCACGCAAGAAUUCAUUUAGACAAGAGCAUACAAUGAAACGAAAAAUGGAGCAAUUAGAAACUAAAGUUGAAGAGCAAGACCGCAAAUUAUGCCAGUACCAGGAGCAGUUAAAGGAAAAUCAGAAAGAGAAAGAUGCCUUACAAGUAGAAAUCUCAAUUAAAGAAAAUGAAUACAAAAAGCUUUCUGCUUGUCUAGAAGAUGCACUAGAGCGUACAAAUGAGUUAAAAAAUGAAAUAGCAAGUUUAGAGCAAUCACUCAAAGAAAAAGAUAGUAUAAUAAUGUAUAUAAAAGAAUCUGGUGAGUGUUCACCAAUAAAUAAUUCAAUGGAUUCACUGUUACGAGAGGAAUUAACUUCACUUAGGGCAACAUUUAAUGAACGUGAACAAGCAUUAACAGAGAGAGAUGAAGAAAUUGAAGAAUUAAGAACUGUUCUUGAAGCUAGAGAUAAUGAACUAGCCACUGUAUCACAGCAGCUACGAGAUUUUCAAGAAAAUAAUAAACAUUCGCGUACAAGACUUAAUGGAACUUCUGAUAAAGAUUUACAGAAAACUGUUGCACGUUUAACUGCACGUAUUCAAGAAUUAGAAAAACUUAAGAUCGAAAACAUGAGUUCUCAGUAUGAGAUUGAGAACAGAUCAUUAAAAGCAGAACUAGAUGAAGCUCAACAAAAAAUACGCAGCCUUCAACAAACUAUUUUUGAUCUCAAGAAAUGUGUUAAAAAAGAAAAUGCAGCUUGUAAACAAACUUCAGAGGAUUCAAGCAUAUCAUCUGAUAAAAACUCAAAUGAUUUUCUAGAAGUAAACUUCAAAUAUUUAAAGCAUGUUGUAUUGAAAUAUAUGUGCAGUACUAAUGAACAGUCACGGCAACUUGUUAGUGUCAUUGGUCAUUUAUUGCAUUUUAGUGCACGUGAAACUGCUAUAGUUAAGGACUGCUUUGAUUGGAAGCUUCCAUUAGAAAAAUAGUUUCAAUAUUCGUGUCUUGCAAUUUUUAUGAUAUAUUUUAA